AUUAGAGAAACAGAGAAGAAAAAGAAAAAAAAAAUGCAAUCGGUGAAAAAGAAGCUAAGCGAUAUGGCUAGUACAGCCAAGAAGAAGAUGGUUAUAUGUCAAGCAAAAGCCGAUGAGAAGGCUGAGCAGGCCAUGGCACGGACAAAAGAGGAGAAACAGAUAGCACACGAGCGAAGAAAGGCAAAGGAAGCAGAGGCUAAGAUGGAUAUGCACAUGGCUAAAGAGGCUCAUGCGGAAGAGAAGCUUAUGGCUAAGCAAUCUCACUACCACGUUUCUCAAGGUGACGUGCCUCAUCACACACCAGUGCCGGCUCCAGCGCCAGUCAUGGGACAUGGUUAUGGGCAUAAUCCACCCGGAGUUACCUCUGUACCUCCAGCGGCUUAUUCUCCUCCGGGGGCUUAUCCUCCUGCGACGACUUAUCCUCCUCCGGGGGCUUAUCCUCCUACGACGACUUAUCCUCCGACGACAGGGCGUCAUCAUCAUCAUCCAUAUUAUGGGAACGUUUAGUGAUUUCUUAAGAGUUCCAUAGGUAGUCUUUGAGAUAAUGUUUUUUUUUUUAAAUACUGUAUUGUGGCUAAUCUCAUGCACCAUAUUGUAUUUUAAGAAGUGGUUUAUU